CUCCAAUGUUUCCUCAGCAUAAAAACUUUCCUUCUUCCUUCUCUUCCACCCAACAUGGAUCUCCCUCUCCCACUCUCCACCAUCUUCCUUGUUCUUCUCCUCUCCAUCAUAUCUGUCAAAUUCCUCCAAAGUCUUAGGUACAAGCUGCCUCCUGGACCCAGGCCAUGGCCAAUAGUGGGCAACCUAUUCAGCAUCAAGCCCAUCAGGUUCAGGUGCUUCGCCGAGUGGGCGCAGACCUACGGGCCGAUCAUGUCGGUCUGGUUCGGCUCGACGCUCAACGUGAUCGUCUCGAACUCCGAGCUGGCGAAGGAGGUGCUCAAGGACAACGAUCAGCACCUUGCAGACAGGCACAGGACCAGGUCCGCAGCUAGGUUCAGCCGGGACGGCAAGGACCUUAUCUGGGCUGACUAUGGGCCUCACUAUGUCAAGGUGAGGAAGGUUUGCACCUUGGAACUGUUCUCCCCAAAGAGGCUUGAGGCCCUCAGACCCAUCAGAGAGGAUGAAGUUACUGCCAUGAUUGAGUGUGUCUUUAAAGACUGCACAGAUCAAGAGAAGAAGGGGAUGGUGUUGAGGACCCACUUGGGGGCGGUGGCGUUCAACAACACGACGAGGCUGGUGUUCGGGAAGAGGUUCAUAGACGCGGACGGGAAGAUGCACCCGCAGGGCUUGGAGUUCAAGGGGAUCGUCGCCAACGGGCUGAAGCUCGGGGCGUCGCUGCCGUGGGGCGAGUACGUGCCCUGGCUGCGCUGGGCCUUCCCGCUGGAGGAGGAGGCCAUCGCCAAGCACGGCGACCGGCGGGACCGCCUCACCCGGGCCAUCAUGGAGGAGCACACCCUCGCCCGCAACAAGUCCGGCGGCGCCAAGCAGCACUUCGUCGACGCCCUCCUCACCCUCCAGCAGGAGUACGACCUCAGCGAGGACACCAUCAUCGGCCUCCUUUGGGACAUGAUCACGGCCGGGAUGGAUACGACCGUGAUCUCCACGGAGUGGGCGAUGGCGGAGAUCCUAAAGCACCCCAGGGUCCAAGAGAAAGUCCAAGAGGAAUUGGAUCGGGUCAUCGGUCACGACAGGGUCAUGUCCGAAACCGACUUCCCAGACCUCCCCUACCUCCAGUGUGUGGUCAAAGAGGCCAUGCGCCUGCACCCGCCCACGCCGCUGAUGCUGCCCCACAAGGCCACCGCCAACGUGAAGCUCGGCGGCUACGACGUGCCCAAGGGCUCGAUUGUGAACGUGAACGUGUGGGCCGUCGCCCGGGACCCGGCGGUCUGGAAGCGGGCGGAGGAGUUCUGGCCGGAGCGAUUCCUGGAGGAGGACAUCAACAUCAAGGGCCAAGACUUCCGGGUGCUGCCGUUCGGCGCAGGGCGGCGGGUGUGCCCGGGCGCGGGGCUGGGCGUGUUCCUGGUGCAGUCGAUGCUGGGGCACCUGCUGCACCACUUCAAGUGGGCGCCGCUGGAAGGGGUCAGAGAGGAGGAGAUCGACUUGUCCGAGAACCCGGGCAUGGUCAGCUUCAUGGCUACGCCCUUGCAGGCGAGGGCCACGCCCAGGCUGCCUGCUCACUUGUACCGACGCGUGCCCUACGAGGGCUAAAACCAGCCCACCUUCGUAUCGUGCCUUUGGGAUUUCCGUCUUGCAGACAAUACUUGGUGUUUUGGAUCUGGAGCAGACACACAAAACAUUUGUUGUAUAUUUAUAUGAGAUGGAACCGAAUCUUUUCCCGUCGCUAUUCUCGUGAAUGGCUGUAAAGGGUCGAGUACGGUCUCGGCGUUUCGCAUUUGGUAUUUGGUUUGCAUUUUUGGCUCUAAAGUAUUUUUCAUAAGAAUCAACCUUUUCUGAAAAUAAUCACUCCUCAUGUUCUCAUUUCUUCGAUUCUCAGUAGCCCAUCUCUACAUGUAACUUUUAUGUUCCUUUCAUUAAAGUGAGCUCAUUAUUUUA